AAGCAGUGUACAUACUGUACACCCUCAGUUGCUAUUUUUGUCUUACUCACAGUUUCACUGUUGCAGUCGGUUUUCACACGCUUUACUUGUGUAGCUGUCUCGAAGACUCACAACUACAGGGUUGCUAUAGCAUCACGUGUGACGUUCUCAAGUUGACGCCAAGGUCUUCACCAGACGUCGCUCUAAUCAUUGACCGUCAAUCCCCACACUUGUUUCCGCAUUAGUUCGUGAUGCUGACGAGAUCAAACAUUGCCAGUCUUCUCCUCCCUCUCCUCGCUUUGAUGUCGACGUGGUCGCACUGUCUAGCGAAACGAUGUCUCGGCCGCGAUGGUGCUUCGUUUUCCAACGCAUUUGGUGAGAUACGAGGUCUCAGCGGUUGCACGAUUGUGGAGAGAAAUGUCGUUAUUGGUAAUAUUAAUGUGGACAAGAACUCGAGUGUCGACUUGUCACCGCUAGAGAACAUAACGGAGAUCAAAGGUCUUCUCUAUAUCGCACAAAUAAAGGGACUGACGCGAUUUCCGCUGCCUAGUCUGCGUGUGGUGAGAGGAGAAGUGACGAGGCCGUUGAGUCUUACGGGUGUGCGUUCGGGCCAGUUCUCGAUAAUUUUGUACAACCUUCCGAGUGUCGUGGAAUGGCCGUUUGUCAACCUUGAAGAGGUGACGAAUGGUGAUGUAUUGGUGUAUGAUAUGCCGUCGCUCGCGCACAGCGACACACUGGAUUGGGAAGACAUUCAGAACAAGCGAAAAGACGGAGUUGUGUUGUUCGAUGUCGGUACGCAGCGGAGCGGAAAUGACACAUGUCCGAGCUCAUGCGGCGGCUAUUGCUGGUCGUCAAGCAAAUGCCAGACUCGUUCAUUGAAGAUAUGCAGUUCUUUGUGCUCUCAUCGUUGUGUUGGUUCGGGCCUUUUUGAUUGCUGUCACCAGGAAUGCGUUGGAAGCUGCUCUGUUAUAGAGGAUGCUACCAAAUGCUCAGCUUGUAGGACAUUUGAGGACGGCAACGUAUGUGAAGACCGAUGUCCAUCUCUUACUAUAUAUGAUCGUCAACUAGGACAGUAUGUUGUUAAUCCUGAUGCAAGAUAUGUAUUUCAAGAUCAGUGUCUUGCAGUUUGUCCAGAUGGGCUUGUUAUAAAUGGACAGAGAUGUGCAAGUCGGUGUCCAGAUGGUCAAGAACCUAACACACACAGAGUGUGUGUCCCAUGUAAAGGAGCAUGCCCUAAAGUGUGUGAUGCACCAUCAGAUGGAGUUAUUGACAGCAACAACUUGGCAGACUUUCGUAACUGCACAGAAAUUGCGGGACAUAUCACGCUCAGCAGUAGACUAAAAGAGGAUUUAUCGAUGAAUCGUACUCUUGUGACGGAAGAUGAUCUUGAAGUGUUGAGUCAAGUUCGAGUAAUAUCGGAAUAUCUGGCUGUAUUUUCAACUCACAGUGGCAUCACAUCUCUCAAGUUUUUUCGCAACUUGGAAAUAAUACGAGGAACAGUCCUUCGUGGAGGCACUUCUGCUCUACUUGUUCAGGGCAAUCCAGGGCUAACAAACUUAGGAUUCUCAUCGCUUCAUAAAGUUGAAAAUGGGGCUAUAGCAUUUAUUAUUAACCCAAAACUGUGUGUUAGUGUGGACACAGAUGGGCUUAGGGAAGCGGAAGUCAUCAAGAGUUCUGUUGCUGUUGUGAAUUAUCAAAAUAAUCCCAGCUGUAAUGUGAUGUGUCAUCUACAGUGCAACAGUAGUUUUGGUUGUUGGAGCCCCAUGGAUAAUGAAACAUGUGUUACAUGCACUUCAUUUGACUACGAUGGAAGCUGCGUCAACGAAUGCACGGAUGCUGCAACGGGAACAAGUCUUAUUUAUGCUAAUGCUACAAGUGGUCAGUGUCUGCCAUGCCAUCAUGAGUGUGCAACAGGAUGUGAUGGGCCGGGCGACAAUCAAUGCCAUGAUUGCAAAAACGUUAGGGAUGGAAGCUUCUGUUAUCCUGAAUGUCCACCGGAGAAAUACAAAGACAACAGCAAUGUAUGUCAGUAUUGUAAUGAAGCGUGUGAAGAAGGAGGGACGUGCACUGGUCCAGGAGACAACAAGGGACCCGGAGGCUGUGAUGAUUGUGACCUCUUCUUUGUUAAUGCAACUGAAACAAGUGUUAUUCGUUGUGUGAAUUAUGCUAAAGGAUGUCCCGAGUCCUACUAUCAGCACCCUGUUGACGAUCGAAAUCAUACCUUUUUUCGCAAGAUUAUGUCGUCAAGCUCUGGACCCGAAUGUGAGACGUGCAGCUCAGGCCUCGUACACGAUGGAAGUCAUUGUGUCAGUAGUUGUUCCACUACUAAGUAUCCUGAUCGCAACAACGUUUGCCAGAAUUGUCCAAUUCGCUGCGGUCCUGUAGGGUGUACUUUGAAUGAAACGACUGGUGAAAUCCAGUGUAAGUCGUGCGAUCAUUUGCUGGAGGAUUUUAAUGGGACUGAUCAUUGUGUGGAGACUUGCAGCCGUAUGAAACCGUAUCGUUAUGAUGCAGGCCGUCGGUGUUACAAAGUGUGUCCUCGUGACACUUACAAUUUCACAGAAACCUUUGGAGGAGGAGUUUGUCAAGAUUGCAGUCCUCAAUGUCGUCAUGUUGAUGCUAACAAUGCUAACGAAUGGAUUUGUACUGAUGGGACGGAUCGUGAAACGAGUUGCUUGCUUGGGUGUCAGAAUGUUGAACAACGUGGCAUUUGUAUUGCAAAGUGUGAUGGAGAUCUCACACAAGUGACAUACAAAGUGGUUGGAGGUGAGGAAAUGAAAGUACAAGAGAAUUUGACUACAACACCAACAAGUAGAGGAAUCGAUGAAGACAAAGAGAAGUCAAUAGAUGAAGAAGAGAACUCAAGAGAAGGCAACACGGAGAGUGUGGAACGUGAAGAGCAUCCUGAUUAUGAGAUUAGAAAACGUUGUGAAAUGAAGGAUGAGAAGACAGAACCCACGAUUAUACGAAAGAAAAGUACAGGGAGUGAAAAUCUUGCUCCUGUCAUUGCUGGGGCAACUAUUGGUUUGAUCAUAAUCAUUGUUGUCAUCAUUCUUGUGUUGGGAUUUGGACAUCGUUGGUAUGAAAAGCGUGAAGUGUAUGUUGACAAAGAAGAUGUGGGUGCUUUGGACAAUCCGAUGUAUGGAGGAGCUGCCAGCAUGGGAAUGAUGAAUUUGACAAAUAAUCCUGCAGCUGUUGCCCCAACAGCUGCCCAUCUUGUUCUCGUUCAAGAAAGCUCAUUAGAAACCAUGGAAAUUCUUGGUACCGGAGCAUUUGGGACAGUAUACAAGGGAACAUGGUUGCCUGAAGAAGUACCAGAAAAGCUACUAGUUGCAAUCAAAGUGUUGAAUGAAGGCACAGGGAAGGCUGCUAGUAAGGAGCUCCUACAAGAGGCUGUCACAACAGCAUCAAUGGACCAUCCUCAUCUUGUCCGCUUAUUGUGUGUUUGUAUGGCGUCACGUGUCAUGCUUGUCACACAGCUUGUUCCUCUCGGCUCGCUUCUUAGCUACUUGCGGAAGCGAAAGAAGACACUGACGGGAGAAGCAUUGCUUGUAUUUUCUCAGCAAAUAGCAAAAGGUAUGGUGUAUUUGGAGGAUAAACGUUUGGUGCAUCGAGAUUUGGCAGCCAGAAAUGUUCUUGUUCAGACACCUAUGAUGGUAAAGAUUUCUGAUUUUGGAUUGUCAAAGAUGCUUGAUGUUGGUGAAGGCCAUUUUCAGUCAGAAGGCGAAAAGAUGCCGAUCAAAUGGCUUGCACCCGAAAGUCUGCGGCAUCUCAAAUUUACGCACAAGAGUGAUGUAUGGGCAUUUGGUGUCACAGUUUGGGAAGUGAUGACGUUUGGAAACCAACCGUUUAAAGGCAAGAAAGGCAAUGAGAUGUAUACUCUUCUUAUGUCAGGCGAACGUCUUCCCCAUCCAAAAAUCUGCACUCAUGAAGUCUACGCUUUGAUGCUUCAAUGCUGGAUGAUUGAACCCGAGACUCGACCAACAUUUAAAAGUUUAGCUCGGCAACUUACAGUGAUGUGUAGGAACACAAGCAAAUUUGUUACAACAGAGGCUGACGAGGCAAGAGCAGAAGGUCUUGCAAAGAUCAGGACGGGAACGUAUGAGACUUCUGAAGUGAUUAGUGAAUGGAGUGAUGCUGAUGAUGAUGGGUAUGAUAACGGUGCUGGUGCAACAUUCAAUCCGUAUGAGAAUCCUCGAGAUUGUAUACCUGAGGCUAUGUAUUCUAACACGGUCGGUCUGGACACGGUGGAUGAAGAUGAGGAGGAGAGUGUAGAGUAUGAUAAUGCUGCAACGCAAAAAUUUGUGGCUAUUUCUGAUGACACUGGUAAUCAGUAUGACAAUCCUCGCUCUGCUAGUGCUGAGCCAUUGCUUGCCCACUCGGCAGAAGAAACAGAGAAUCCAUAUGACAAUCCAAUUGGUGAAAAAUCUGAACUCGGUCCACCUGAUGCUGCAUACGACAACCUGAAUGUCAAUGCACCACAAGACGACGAUAAUAUCCAAUAUGACAUGCCACUAAAUCCAACAAGUCAGAAAAAAAGUAACUCCAAACACAUGGAGAAAUCACAUCAACACUCUGAUGUAGCACAUGCAGAUGACAUGAUGGAUCCAGAUGUCGGUUAUCAGGACCCAACAGCUAUGAUGGAUUCAGAUGCCGGUUAUCAGGACCCAACAGCUAUGAUGGAUUCAGAUGCCGGUUAUCAGGACCCGACAGCUAUGAUGGAUUCAGAUGCCGGUUAUCAGAACCCAACAGCUAUGAUGGAUUCAGAUGCCGGUUAUCAGGAUCCAACCGCUCUUGGUGUACACACAUGAUAUCAAUUUGCUGCCAUUUUUAAAGUAUUUAUUAGAAUUUUGACAAAGGACAUUGGACUUGAGGGACUUUUAAAGGUAGGAUGUAGUUUGUGAAGCGUUUCUGAUGUCCAUUUGGCUCUCAUUGAGACUGGAUGGUGCAAUUUGCUGUAUAUGGCCAACUGAUGUGUUGGUUACUAACUUAUGUAACAAGUAUUUUAAUACGUGGUGAUAA